AUGCAAACCCUAUCAGUACUCCUGCUUGUAUCAUCACUAGUCUUAGUAUCAGCACAAUUUGGAGGCGGACCAUUUGGCGGUGGCUUCGGAGGAAUGGGCAUGGGUGGCGGUCAAUUUGGUGGAGGAAAUGGACCUUUUGCCCAGGCAAAAAUGGCUGAAUUCAGACAAAAAAUGGACUCGUUUAGAAUGCGACCGGAAUACGGUCGAUUGAGCCCAAAUGCUAGGAAUGCUUACGAACAAGUUAGGGUAGGGUUUAAAUGACAAGUUUUUAAAAAGAUUUAAUAUUUUUUUUAAUUUUUAUAUUUUUUUAAAUCAAAAUUUUUUAAAAAUUUAAAUUUUUAAAAUUUUUAAAAAAUUUUUUGUGUUUUUUAAUACAAAUUGAUGAAAAAAGACUAAAAUUCACUAAAAAUGCCAUUAUAAACCCAAUUAUACCUAAAUUUCUAUUUAUUCCCAAAUAAAACCAAAAAACUAUCAAAAUCUAUGAGAUACCAAUGCGGAAAGGGGGAGCGGUCAGAGAAAGGGAGAAAAGAAAGGAGCUCUCUUCUUUUCCGAGAGAGCGCUCUUUGAGUUUUAUAGGAAACCUAAUCAAAAGACAAGUUUUCAUUUUAUAUAAGAAGAGAGAUAUUAUUUCUUUGACUUAUCAGAUUCCAAUUGAGGUUGGUACUUGAUUCAGCUCAUGCAAAUGUGGCUAUAAAUUCAAAAUUUUGGGAUGCUUGGAUAGACCCAUUUAUUAGCUUGUUCACUUAAUUCUGCCCCCCGUUUUGAUUAAUUAUAUAAAAAUUUUUUGCAUUUUUAUGAGGGGGCGCAGUAUUAAGUAAACGGUCUAAUAUUUAACUUAAGGCUCAGCAAACAUAAUUUUUUUUUCUAUAUUUUAGGCUUCUUUUUAAAUUAAAAUUUAAGUCAAGUUAAAUUUCAUGUAAAUUUUUAAAUUGAAAAAAAUACAAAAAUUUAUUUCCAGAUGAUAAUAAACUCUCCAUCACAAAGCAUGCCAGAAACAAUUGGCAGAGUAAGAAGCGUGGUUCAAAGUAAUCCAGCGGCGGUACAAGAAUUCAGGAACGCUGGCUUCAGUCUACCUGGUGGUGGUCCACAGUUUUAA